GGAAGUGGGCGGGGCUGACGCCGGGUACGGACUUGCUGCGGCCCUCCCGACGGCUUUAACUCAGACAAAUAUUGUGGGCAUGGGGCAACAAGACUUGUGGAGGUUGCUGUCGAGGUUUGGUUCAUUUAAAAGAACCAGGAUCAUUCUACAACAUUUGAGCAUGUCUACACACUCGGCAGGCUUGGGAGAAGUGUUGUUGGAAAGGAAAGGUUGUGCAGGAGUGAUAACACUAAACAGACCAAAGUUCCUCAAUGCGCUGUCCCUGAAUAUGGUUCGGCAGAUUUACUCCCAGCUGAAGAAAUGGGAACAAGAUCCUGAAACAUUUCUGAUUAUUAUAAAGGGGACUGGAGAAAAGGCUUUCUGUGCUGGUGGUGAUGUAAGAGCAGUCUCAGAAGCUGCAAAGACAAAGCAGAAUCUGGCUCAGGAUUUCUUCAGAGAAGAAUAUUUACUGAACAAUACUAUUGGCUCUUGUCAGAAACCAUAUGUUGCACUUAUUGAUGGGAUCACAAUGGGAGGUGGAGUUGGUCUCUCAGUUCACGGACAAUUCCGAGUGGCUACUGAACGGUCUGUUUUUGCAAUGCCAGAAACAGGACUAGGACUAUUCCCUGAUGUGGGUGGAGGUUAUUUUUUGCCAAGACUUCCAGGAAAACUGGGCUACUUUCUUGCAUUAACAGGAUUCAGACUAAAAGGAAGAGAUGUGUACAGAGCAGGAAUUGCCACACACUUUGUAGAUUCUGGAAAGAUGUCCAUGUUAGAGCAAGAUUUGUUAGCCUUGAAAUCUCCUUCAGCAAAAAAUGUUGCAAAUGUCUUAGCAACCUACCAUGCCGAGUGCAAGACUGAUCAAGACAAGUCUUUUAUACUUGAGGAACAUACGGACAGCAUAAACAGUUGUUUUUCAGCCAAUACUGUGGAGAAGAUUAUGGAAAAUUUACAACAAGAUGGUUCUCCUUUUGCUCUAGAACAGUUGAAGGUCAUUAGUAAAAUGUCUCCAAUGUCCUUAAAGAUCACACUAAGGCAACUCAUAGAGGGGUCUUCAAAGACCUUGCAGGAAGUACUAACAAUGGAAUAUCGGCUCAGUCAAGCAUGCAUGGCAAAUCAUGAUUUUCAUGAAGGUGUUAGAGCUGUUUUAAUUGAUAAAGACCAGAGUCCAAAGUGGAAACCAGCUAAUCUAAAAGAAGUUACCGAUGAAGAUGUGAAUAAUUAUUUUAAAUCUCUGGGAAGCAAUGAUUUGAAACUCUGAGGUGGUUGGUGUUUUAAGAUAUAUUUGGUAGCAUGGGUUGGCAAACUACACCACCUGGGCCAAAUCUGGCUUGGUGCCUAUUUUUAUACAGCCUGAAAGUUAGCAAUGGCUGCUCUACUUUUAUAUGGUUGAGAAAAGAAAUCAAAGGCAUUUCAUGACAUGUGAAAAGUCAGUGUAAUUUCAGAUAUCAGUGUUCAGAAGGCUUUAUUGAAACAUAGCUGUAUUUAGUUUACAGGCUGCUUUGAGUCAAGCAGUUACAACACAGGCUAUAUGGCCUGUAGUACCUGAAAUACCAUCUGUUUUAUCAUUGUCAGUUUGCCAAUCCAUUUUAGAAAAGGGGAAAUUUUGAAGGUCUCUAGAGAUAUCUAACUGAAAUGGAAGCUUCAUAUUUGCCUUUCAGUAGUGGUUUCAGUAUAAAUGAUAAAA